AUGUUCACAGGUCUAGUCGAACACGUAGUAACCAUCUCCUCGAUUACCCCAGCCGAAUCCUUCGAAGGUUUCACUUUCACCUUCAAGAACGCCGCACCGAUCCUGGAUGACUGUCAUAUCGGCGAUUCCAUCUGUGUGAAUGGAGCUUGUCUGACGGUCACGGAGUUUGAUGAGGACACGUUCAAGGUGGGGUUGGCCCCGGAGACUCUGAAUCGGACGAAUCUGGGUCAAUUGAAGGUCGGAGACAAGGUCAACGUCGAAAGGGCCAUGGCAGCGCAUACCCGGUUCGGGGGACAUAUGGUCCAGGGCCACGUCGACGCGACAGCCGAGAUCGUCUCCCGGGUCGCAGACGGCAACUCCAUCCGUUACACCUUCGCUUUCCCUUCCACAUCGAAAUCGAACUUUAUGCCGUACCUCAUAGAAAAGGGCUACGUCACCAUCGACGGCGCUUCCUUAACCCUCACUCACGUCUCCCCGGUCUCUUCCCCGAAAAGAGAGUUUGGGAUCAUGCUCAUCGCGCACUCGCAAGAGAAGUUGACUCUGACGAGCAAGGAUGUAGGGGGCACGGUCAAUGUCGAGGUGGAUUGCGUGGGCAAGUACGUGUUGAGGAGUUUAGAAGGUGAGGAUGCCGAAGGAGAGGGUCAGGGUGGGUUGAGGGCGUUGGUAGAGAGGAUGGUUGAGCGGAAGAUUAACGAGAGGUUGGGACAGCAGUAG